AUGCUCGAUGGUAUCCUUCGUCUGUGCCUUUUUUGGCGCUCAUAUAUUGUUGUAUCGCCGAUUUAUCGACUUCCGGUAAAUGAUACUGGAAGCGCCGAGCCUGUGCCUCCUACAGUCACCGCACAGCUUCAAAUUACAGACAGCAGUUUUGUGGUGUGUUGGGAAAGUGUUUUGCAACGAAUGUACAAGGUAUCACUGCAUUUACUGGACGGGAAGGAGAUUUCAACAGCAGAGGUGGAAGGUACUUGUUAUUUGUUUCAAGAUUUCCCAACCGAGAACUGCUGCCGUGUGCAAAUUGGCUAUUCGGGAGUACAUGCAAACACUGCUACUGUUUCCUUGCAAAUCGAGAUCAUUGAUAAACCAGUGCAGCUGUCGCAGCAAUCACUAGGCGAACUGAUUUUCACGAAUGGCACUGCGUUGAUGAAGCUUUACGACGUUGAUGACUACGCGGUACUUAGCGAACCGAAGGUCACUCUCGAAGAAUGCUCAGCUUUCGUAAACACGGACAGGCGGCAAUCUGUAUUCUAUACAGACGCUAGAAUUUCCAUCAAUGCUACGCAACCUGUAGCAGUGAUAGCGCAUGAUUACCUUUCGAAUACUGCAGGCGAUAGCUCCACAUUGUUGCCUACAAAUAUGGCCGGAACAAGUUACACAUUUUCGCUACCCGCACCAGCAGCAAGCGGAAUUAGCAUUGCAUAUUUAUUGCCUGUCGAUAACAGUGUUACUCGAGUAAACAUAACUGCAAUAUACGAAUUCGGUGGGAAAACGAACGCGGUUUCAGAGGAACUAAAUCUAGUUGGUAAACAAAGGACGCUGUAUGCCUAUCAGAGCGAAGAAGCAGUGAGCCUACUCAUCCAGAGCGACCUGCCUAUUCUGGUGGUUGCUGCUGUGCAACGCCUAUCUAACUCCAACUCGAAUAUGCCCAAAACAAAUUUCGACUGCUUUAUGCCUGCACCUCUUCUCGAUACCGGUAAGAAACUUUUUCAAGCUCCAUUCGUCAUGCGGCACGGUAAAAAGAGCUAA